GUCUCCUCCUUCUCUUUUACAAAUUCCCCUUUCUUGCUAUUGAAAAAUCUCGAAACCCUAGAAUUCUUCUGUAAAAAUCUCUGUUUCUUCUUCUUCUUCCUCGCUAAUCCUAAAUUCUCUUCCUGAAACCAAAUCUUGUUUCAAGAGUAAACCAUGCUGAGCGAGAGAAUUGAUUCAGGUGAAGCAGAAACGAGAACGAGAACAAAUCUCUCGCAAGAAGUCGAAGAAUAUAUCAUAGAUACAAUUGAUCACUCGUUAGGUCUUCCGAUCUCUAUGGAAGCUCUUCAGAAGAAGCUUUAUACGGCUGAAGAAUCUCAACGACGUCUUCGCGAACAGUAUCUGGCUUUGGUUUCGCGAUUAAAGGAGAAAGAUCAUGUAAUAGAUCGUGUUAGGUCUGAAGCGAGUAUGAAUGCGCAAGCGUUGAAGAAGUUUGUUGAUGAGAAUCAGAAAUUGGCUAGUGAGUGUGGGAAUUUGUUGAGUCAGUGUAAGAAAUUGGAGAAAGAGUGUUUGCUUUAUCAUCAAGAUCGUGAUGCGUUGAUGGAGUUUGGGAAUGAAUCUGAUGAGAGAGCUAGAGAAGCAGAAGCUAGGGUUCGUGAAUUGGAGGAUGAAAUUGGAAGAAUGUCUGAGGAAAUGCAGAUUUUUAAGCGUCAAAUUGGAGAUGGUGAAGUUGACAACUGCACUACACCGUUAGAAGAAGAUUUGCUUGAUUCAGUUUUGGGAUCUCUCAUAAGCAAAGAUGAAACUAUAAUGGGACGUCUCUUCUUGGAGGCAAACAUCCAAGACCAAUCGUGCCAAGCCUUGUUGAGCAAGUGGGAUCAUUUAAAGCCUUCAAUGCAAAAGGUUCUUUCUUUAGUUUCAAGAGCAAAGAAAUUUGAAAAGGAAAAAGAAUGCAUCAUCAUGAAUCUCGCUAAAGCCGAGCAAGAGGUGGAACUUGUGAGCACCCUAAACCGAAAGCUGGAUAAAGAAAAUCGUAAGUUGCUAAGGCAACAACAACAAAGUCCUCUUUGUUCCGCAGACAGGAACCGAAACAGCGCAUCUGCGAAGUCAAACAAGAGAAAGAGUCCGAAGACGUUGAGCAGCCCGGUCGAGAAGAGGCUUGAAUUUAGCAGUCCAGAAAUCAGCAGGAAGCCUCUAUCACCUGUGUGGAAUAACUCACCAGAUUCUAAAAUGAACAAGAUUUGAUGAUGACAAUAAUCAAACCACUACCUGUAUUAUCAUAUGUGAAAACCAGAUUUGUUGCUUCUCUGAAGCUACUAACAACAUGUAUUGCUAUGAAAAUUUGGCCACAAAAUCAUGUUUCUAACUGGUAA